AUGAAGGUCAUCGUGGGCAUUGGAGGCAUGACCAACGGCGGGAAGAGCACCUUGACCAGCCGCCUCCACAAGGCGCUACCCAACUGCUGCGUGAUCCACCAGGAUGACUUCUUCAAGCCCCAGGACCAAAUAGCAGUUGGGGAGGACGGCUUCAAACAGUGGGACGUGCUCGAGUCCCUGGACAUGGAGGCCAUGCUCAGCACAGUGCGCGCCUGGGUGAAGGACCCACGCAAGUUCGCACGCGCUCACGGUGUCAGCCUCCAGCCCAGCGCCUCGGACACCCACAUUCUUCUCCUGGAUGGCUUCCUACUGUACAGCUACAAGCCCCUGGUGGACAUGUACAGCCAACGCUACUUCCUGACUGUCCCGUAUGAGGAAUGCAAGCGGAGGAGGAGUAACCGUAGUUACAUGGUCCCGGAUCCCCCUGGCCUCUUUGAUGGUCACGUGUGGCCCAUGUACCAGAAGUAUAAACGGGAGAUGGAGCAGGAUGGAGUGGAAGUGGUCUACUUAGAUGGCAUGAAGUCCCGUGAGGAACUCUUCAGGCAGGUUCUGGAGGAUGUUCAAAACAGGCUGCUGAACCGGUCCUAG